AUGCUAUUUUCACGUACCCGAGGCAGUCCUCCGCGCCGAUGGAUUUACCUUCUUUCUGCUUCUUUGAGCCUCCUGCUGGUGCGCUAUCUGUUCUGGUCAACGCCGUAUGGACAGGUAGCGGAAAACGUGUCGGCUGGUUCCUCAAGCGUUUCGCCCAGCUCGUUUGAGUGUCCUCAUCUUCCUGGCCUCGAAGAUGUCCUGGUUGUCCUGAAGACGGGAGUCACGGAAGCACUGGAAAAGGUUCCUGUGCACUUUAAUACCACGUUGCGAUGUAUUCCCCACUAUGUCGUAUUCUCAGAUUUUGAGGAAGAUAUCGCUGGUGUUCGGGCCCAUGAUGUUCUCCGCAGCGUCGAGGAUACCGUGAAGCGCACAAAUUCCGACUUUGCCAUUUACAAUAAUCUUCGCGAGUCCGGGCGCAAAGCUCUGACAUCAAACGACAAUAUCCAUGAUGAAAGUACUCCAUUCGGAAAGCCCGAUAAUCCCGGCUGGAAACUAGACAAAUGGAAGUUCCUGCCGAUGAUUGACGAAACGCUCAAUUUUCGCAACAAUGCGAAAUGGUAUGUUUUUGUCGAGGCCGACACGUACAUGGUCUGGCCGAAUCUGAUGGCGUGGCUGGCGACAUUCGAUCACAUUAAACCGCAAUACCUGGGGAAUCAGAUGCAAAUUGCAGAUGUGGUCUUUGGACACGGGGGGUCUGGAUUCGUACUCUCUCACGCUGCUAUGCAGAAAGUAUCCGAGUUCCGUGCUUCUCGAGUCAAGGAAUGGGACGAAUUUACCGAUGGCCAUUGGGCUGGUGAUUGUGUGCUCGGGAAGGCCCUCGGCGACGCAGGCGUCAAACUCUUCUGGGCAUGGCCGAUGCUACAAGGGUCGACACCUUGGGAGUUUGAUUUUUUCUCCGAAGGUUAUCAAAAGAAACCAUGGUGUAUCCCUCCAGUAGCAUACCACCACUUGACAGCAGAUGAUGUUCGAGAAAUGUGGGAAUUUGAGGAGAACUGGUCCACCAAGAACCCAAUUUCGAACCUCUUGCAUAGCCAUGUAUUUGAGAACCUCAUCCAACCAAAGCUCAAGGCGACUGAAUCAAACUGGGACAAUCUUUCUGCAGACGACAGUGGUCAAACGGCUGAGAGCCCUGCAGACUGCGAAGCGCAAUGCGUCAAGAACCCAGACUGCCUCCAGUACUCCUUCGAAUCGAGCAAAUGUCUGACGUCGAAGGUGGCCAAACGAGGAGGAAAGAAAGCUGGAGUCACUUCUGGCUGGAUGUCUGAAAGGAUCGAGGCUGCUACCAAGGAACUGGGCUCAUGUAAAAAGGCUGAAUGGGUUUCAUAA